AUGUCGCUGUUCAAGGCCUGCUGCCUACUUUUCAUGUUUUCUACCAACAUCAUUACCAGGUCCCAGAAUACUUCUUCGCCCGGUUGUUACAAGAGUGGCGGAAAUCUCUCGCCUGGAACCAGCACCGAAACAAUCCGCGGUCGCUCAUAUCUGCUUUCGAUACCGUUCAGCUAUUCAUCGGACACCCCGACGCCGCUCAUCCUGUCAUUUCACGGUGGUGGUCAAUCUCCUUCGAUCCAGCUCCACGCUGAUCAGUUGACCAAUCCCAAUGUCAAUGACCAUUAUAUCGUCAUUUAUCCGGAGGCAGUUGAUAAACAAUGGCAGGUUAGCCCCGAUAGCGCCUCUAACGAUCUCAUAUUCGUAUCAAAUAUCCUAGACGAAGUUGAGGCUACACUAUGUAUCGAUACGUCCCGGACAUAUGCUACGGGAAAAUCUCAGGGCGGCGGCAUGGUCGGUUUGUUAGCCUGCGAUCAAAGUCUCUCCACGAGAAUUGCUGCGUUUGCGCCUGUUUCUGGUGCUUUCUACGUAAUGCCGGAGGGGGGCUGUGAACCCGACUCUGUCGAUUUACCAUGCUCUGCCGGUCGAUCUGACAUCCCGAUACUGGAAUUCCACGGGGGAAGUGAUCCGGUCAUCCCCUACUACGGCGAUGCUGGUAAAAGGAACGCUUGCCUGCCUACCAUACCUCACUGGGUCCAGACAUGGGCAAAGCGGAACGACCUUGGAACCAGUAACAAAUCGACUUCAAUUACGCAAGCGGCAAUGUGGCACCGGUUUGGCACGGGGCCGAGCUUAGGUCUUGUCUCCCAUGUGUAUGACGGAGCUAACGUUGGACAUGUUUGGCCAGCGACGAAGCACAACGCUAGGGACACUGGCGACUUAUCCACGGCAUCCUUUAAUGCGACUCCAAUGAUCCUUGAAUUCUUCAGCAACUAUACUCUGGCUACCAACCAUAGUGACCCGGCCGAGACGGAUGGCAAUAGCGGAAGCACUAACGGCAGCACUAAUGAUAACUCUGGCUUGUGCGCUGGGAAUCGGAAAGUGGCAAUAUUCUGGUGGUUCAUGGGCUAUUACAUAGUCCAAUCAUUAAUUUAA